UAUAUAUACACAUAAUAAUAAUAAUAAUAAUAAUGUAACGAGAUGUCUGUAAUUAAAAUAGCAAACCGAGUGACUUUUAAAACGUGAAAACGUAAGCAAACUUUCCUGGUCUUUCACGAUCCACGAAUCCUCUCCUCUCCUCUCCUCUUCUCGAAACCAUCCAACCAUGUUGACCUUUGUUGCGCUCAUCUUUUUAAUGCCAACAUCGCUACCGCGAACGGGGGAUCUCUUUUUUCCUCUCUCGAUUCAACAAAGAUUCGCGUGGAAUCCGUGCAAUUUCGAUCCCUCUAACGAUAACCGCCCCUCCCACCGCGCGUGAUCCCGUUAUGUCGCAUUCCCAAUCACACCGCUCCGCGCUACACUUUUUUAUUUAAUCGGGUUACGCGGCGAGAAAGCGCCACGAUCUUGCGAGAGCCAGGCUAUCCAUUCCAUCCCGAUAUCAUUUUCUCGAUACGAGUGUCGAAAAUCCGAUAUCUGUAUUCGAAAUCGUCCAAAAAUCUAACAUUCCGCGAGAUUCCCUUCAAUCUUAUUGUUAUUUCCGAUAAAUUUUUGGUUAAAAAUUUUUUUCCACUCGUUCGAGAUUCGCGGUAACAUUUCUUUCGAAUUCUCUAUAUAAAUUCUCAUCUUUAUUCCUAAUGGACUCUUCGCGAUUGAAUAUUUCGCAUUAACUUUUUUUUUCUUUUUACAAAAUUUCUCGAUUUACUUUUUUAUCCAUUAAAAAUAUCUUUCUUAACGUAACAGUUAGGAAGAAGAGAGAUUAUUUCCUUGUUACAAAAUAGGGUCAUGAGAUUUAAAAAAUCUUUUUAAACGAAUAGGUAUCGAACUUGACCAAUAUUCGUGCAAGCAAGUGUAGGAAUAAUGAUUGAACGCUGUUAAGAAUGGCUUGAAUUUAUUAAUUAAUUAUUUCGAGCAAGGAUAUCAGGCGAUAAAAAGCGUGUCUUCGCAUUUUCGAUUAGAAAAAAUUUUAAUUCUAUAUUUUACAUUUCAUUUUUUCGAAAAACGAAUAAUAAUUAAUGACGACUAAUAAGAAAAGAUUGUAGUAUUCUUUUGUGUUCUAUUCCAUCUUUCCGAGGUUCGAAGUAGAGAUUUUAUUGUCGUUAGAUGGCAGCAUGUCGUUACAUCUUAAAUUAUAAUAUAGCCGGAGAAUUUAUAGGUUAGCGUAGCGACUGCGUCAGUAAAAAUUUCGUCAUUCGUGAGGAUCCUUUCUUCGUAAUGAAACAGAAGGAAACCGUCUGUUGCAGUAACCAGAGAGUGCGUCAGAGAAAUUCAGUGUUGUCAGUUGGUGCAAAUAUGAUGAAAUAAAAAUGUGGACGGAGAAUGGAAAUUACGAAUUACCAUGGAAAGAAGAGAGAUCGUUGAGGGAAGGAUGAUGCUGUUCCAAAUUAUCUCAAAUUAUUCUGAAAUUUCUGAAUUGUCAAAAUUGAAAAACGAAAAUAUGACUUCUGUGACUUGACAAAGAACAAUUGUAGAAUUCUUUUCUCGUCGAAAUCGAAAUAGGCUUCGAUUCUCGUCAAAGUAUAAUUUAACCUCGUUUUCGUAUACCAAGUAUCGAUUAAUUAAUCGAGGUAAAGUAUUGAUGUAGGCAUACGCGUUAUUUCGAAUUUGUUUUCGUUAAAUUUGAUACGAUAAUUGAAUAUUUUAAUUUGUUUCAUAAAAGGAACGAAAUUAAGAAACGAAUCCUAGUAAAUCACGGCCUUUUCAUCGACUUGCCAUUGAUACCGAAGCAACGAGACACCAUAACCUGUUUCUCGAAUAAAUUAACCAACUCUGUGCUAUUACGCAGUUCUAAUAAAGGGGACAUUAAACAAAAUAGGCUAUACUUUACGAAAUCAUCCAUUUUAGAAUCGAUCGAAAAGUCUCGUGAUGCUGGUCUUGUGCAACGUUCACGCCAGUCUUGAACAUGAAAUUCCAAGGAGGAGCUUCCUGUCACGAAGAGCCAUCGAUGGGACAAGGGGGAGGAAAUACUUCGAUCCGGAAGAAGAGGGCGCGUUCGACAGCUUUGGAUCCGCUGGCGGCCAGUACAAUCCUUAUCAGGAGAAAACAGAUUUGUCAGAUAUCAGAAGGAAUGUACCAGGCGAGCCAGGCAUCGAUUAUCCGGCGUACACGACGCUUCCUCAGACGGGAUUCACGUGCGAGGGACGGUCACGAGGUUACUACGCGGACGAGGUGGCGGGAUGCCAAGUGUUCCACGUGUGCCACGACGUGCUCGUCUCCUCGUUCCUUUGCCCGAUCGGCUCGAUAUUCAGUCAAAAGUUGCUCACCUGCGACUGGUGGACCAAGGUUGAUUGCUCGUCGAGCGGGAAAUACGUGGACGUGAAUCGGAACAGUUACCAGCAGGACGACGACGAGAUGAUACGGAACGCUUACGCGAUGAUAAGCCUUCGAUCGGGCACCGACGUGACAAGGGACGGCCUCGUCGAUCCCGAUCGAACCGGUAGCAUCGUCGACUACCAGAGGGCCAGCUUAUCCGACUACUCCCCCCCUAUCGAUUCCCCCCCGACGGGCAACGAUCUCAGGACCAACUUCGAGGAACCUCACCGCGCCCCUCUUCCACCCUCCCCCCGAGAUUUCCUCCUCCCCUAUCGCCACGAAAAACCAGGCCGCCAAGAGAAGCUCUAUGGAGGAUCGUCCCAAGAUGAUGAUCGAUCAUCGAGACUCUACGAAGACUCGCCUAUCAUUCGAGUCCAAAAGAUCGGCGAUCCUGGAUACGAGGGCAGGCGAAAAGGAGCAGUAUCCCUCCAGGAUGCGAAUCAUCAUCGAACCAAUGAUGGAGGAGGAGAAGGACGGUUCACGAACCGCCAGUUCCAGCCCUCUUACGCGCCCACCGUGCCCACCGUCACCACCACCACCAGAAGAUUCUACUCCCCCACCGUGCCCACCACCUUCAGACCCCUCCAUUCCACCCUGGCCUACAACACCCUCGACCAGGUGAUCGACAGCUCGGAUUACUACUUCUCGGGGGGGAAGGGGACUGGUUUCGUCACUCCUCCGCCGCCACUGUCGCACGUCGGCCCCAGAGCGGAGGAGGACGGGAGGAGGAUCGUGGAAACGUCGAGGAAAGCGACGAAGAAGGCCAGGGACGAGGAUUACGAGUACGAGGAGGAAGGGAGGCGGUUCAGGGUGAGGGUGGUCGAUCUCGAGCCGCGAGCUCGAAAUGGGAGCGGGGAGAGGGGGGGUGGUGGAUUGGAGGACGACUUCGAGACGAGGGGUAGCAUAGGGCUUGGCCAGGCGUUGCGGCAAUCGUUCAGAGGGAUCUCGGUCCCUCGCCAGGAUCCGUCGAGGGACGAAACGGGGAAGGGUGGUUUCUUGCUGCCUGCGGCCAAGAAAGAGGAGGAUCCCAUCAUCAUCGCCGCAACCGAUACCCCUUCGUUGGUCGUCGAGAGCGCUGUAAAAGCGACCACGACUACUAUCGUAGCAGCUACGAGGAAUCUUCUCGAAUCUUCCACGGUUUCACCUACCUCGAGCGGCGGAGUCACGGAACUUUCGAACGAGGGGGACGCGGUCGAUCGAUCCUCCCCCCCUCGAGGCAAGUUUCGGAUAAACGUGCCCGAUUCCUCCGCCUCCCUCGAGUUUUACACCACGGAAUCGUCCUUCGCUCGCGAUUAUUCCGACGAGGAACGAACGACCACCGACGACCGUCCCACCUUCCCUGCCCCCGUCUCCCCUCCCUAUCGAUCGAAUUCCGACGAAUUCAUUCCUUCCUCGAUCGGACUAGAUCCCUCGUUCAACGCAACCCUCCUCCAAACCUCUUCCCAGCAAUCCUCGACCACCUUCGCGACUCUGAUCAGCGACUCUAAUCAGAGGGACGAAAGGGGGGAGAAUUACGAGGAGGCCUCGAGCAACGUUACCUCGGAUCCUCUCGGACCCUUGGCAGGAAAGAUCCAGUGGAGGAAUCGGAUCGAGAAUGAAACCCUUAAUAACAACAACAACAAUAAUAAUAAUAACAAUAAUAAUUCGCCGUACCAGGUGACAUUGACGAUGAACAACAACAACAAUAAUAAUAACAAUAAUAAUAACAAUAAUAAUAAUAAUAAUAAUUCGUCGUACCAGGUGACAUUGACGAUGAACAACAACAACAAUAAUAAUAAUAACAAUAAUAAUAAUAAUUCGCCGUACCAGGUGACAUUGACGAUGAACAACAACAACAACAAUAAUAAUAAUAAUAAUAAUAAUAAUUCGCCGUACCAGGUGACAUUGACGAUGAACAAACGGGAGCAACUGGUGCCCGUGGACGUGAUCGGUGACUGGGGGGAGGGAGGGGAGUUGGAGAUAAUAGAAUCGGUGGAGCCGCCUCGCUCGACCACCACCGAGUCGUCCACCACUGUUCGAGUCGAGAAUCCUUCGGCCGAGGAGGGGGGCAAGAGGGGCGCGAUAAGCCUGCGCCGAUUGAUGACCGAGCUGUUGAAGCUGGACCGAGUCCCUCGACCCUUCUCCUCCCCUUCUUCUUCGUCGCGGGACGAACAGCAACGACGAGCACAGGAGGAGGCGGAAUCGAGGGCGAGGAUCCUCUACGACGUCCUCGCGGCCACGACGAGGCGAGGGGAGGAGAGUUGGGUACCUCGAUCCUCCAAAAGGGAGGAGGAGAUUCUCGAUCGGUUGGCGGAGAAUUUAGGGGAGAGCCUUUACAGGGUUAAGGAUAUCUUCGAUCUUCCGGGGGAGGAGAGGGCGGUCGAUUUCCACGAGGGGACGACGGAGGAGGCUUCCACGACGCCCUCGACGACGACGACGGCGGCGACGAAGGUGAAAGGCGAGGGGACGGUGAACGUGGUGAAGACGGAGUUCGUACCGUCGUUGGGAUUCUCGUUGGACACCGACGAGGGGAGGGAGGAGUACGUGGAGGCAGUUUUGGGGGGCUUGAUCGAGCCACGCGCGGCCGGGAAGGAGGAGGAGGGGAUUUUGGAGAGAUCAUUCGAGAGGAAGAACGAAACCUUGGAGGGAAAGGCGGUGUAAGGAAUGGUUUUCUCUCUUAACGGUUCAACUAACUUUUUUAGAAACUUAAAAAACGAAAUCUGUGAUGCGAUGCCGUUUUUCUUUCUUCUUUCAUCCUCUAAUCCAAGCGAUUUUAUCGAGACACGAUUUUAUUUUAUCGGGAAUUAAAAAGAAAAUGUCCUUUUUCCUCUCUCGAACAAUUCGAGUGGAAUGAAUUUUCGAUAUGUAUAUUUUCGUUAUGUAUAAGUUGAUAAGAAGAGAAAUCUUGUUUGUAAUUAAAGAAACUAACGCUACGUAGAGUAUAGAGUAUAAAUUACGCGUAAUAUUAAGGCUUCGAGACGAGGCUCGUAAAUAUUGCGCAUCGUGCUCGGUCGAUAAUAAAUUCGAUGCGAAAACGGCGUUGCUCGCCGUACAAAGUUAACCCGACUUGAUCGACCGAGCGGGACAAGGUUCCGAAAAAAACUUUGUUGUUAUUAGAUUCGUUAUUAAAUGCGUUAGCAGUAAGCGCGCUAGAAGCAAUUGUAAUCAAAUUACAACUUUAUGUAACACCGAUACACACGCGUACGAUUUUUAAAUACACGUUUCCUUUCGAAAUUGCGAAAAA